CGCGGACCACGCCGUCGAGUCCCGUUCCCAUUCGCACAGCAUUGUGCUAGGUGAGUCAAGGGCGACCUCCUACCGAGUAUCAGCGCGGACGAGACUGCAUGGAAGUCACGGCUUCUGAAGAGAUCGGCGUAACGCCUUCCGACGACAUGCUAGCGUUCAAAAGGGUCCUGAGGUCCUCGAAACACAUCAUGGCAGUCGCUGGAGCGGGGCUAUCGUCUGCCUCAGGAAUCCCGACUUUCCGAGGUGCCGGAGGCAUGUGGCGCAAGUACGACGCGAUGAGUCUGGCCACGCCCACUGCCUUUCCCGACAAUCCGUCGCGAGUCUGGCAAUUCUACCACUAUCGACGCGAGAAAGCCCUCAAGGCUCAGCCCAAUGCUGCUCAUGAUGCUCUCGCGCGAUUUUCCUUCCCUUCAGUGAGAGAUCGGAUUGCUCCCAGUUCCACCUUCACUCUGAUCACUCAAAACGUGGACGGACUCAGUCAAAGGGCAUUGAACGCCGCCUCUAGCGCCCUAGGUAUCCCGAUCCCAGAGGAUGCUAUCCAACCAGUGAUGCUGGAGAUGCACGGUAGGCUCUUCGAUGUCGUCUGCACAGCAUAUGACUGCCAGCAUCGCGAAGCCAACUUCGACUCGCCGAUCUGUCCCGCGCUCGCCGGCACCGAGGAGCUGGUGGAAAAGGGCGUCAUAGAGCCUGACAUUCCGCCUUCGGAGCUCCCGCGCUGUCGGAAGUGCGGCGCACUCGCUCGUCCGGGCGUGGUGUGGUUCGAGGAGGUCCCACACCAUAUGAAGAAGAUUUACGAGCUGGUGGAGAAGACAGAUUUGUGUCUUGUCGUGGGCACAUCUUCAACGGUCUAUCCUGCUGCUGGAUUGGCGUACGAGGUGAAGGAGCAUGGAGGUAAAGUAGCUAUAUUCAACCUUGACCGUAGUAGAGGGGACGACCAGAGUGACUUCGUCUUUCUGGGCCCCUGCGAAAAGACGCUUCCGGAGGCACUGAGCGUCGACACGUAACUCAGAAGAAUAAAUUUGUAAGUCUUGUA